AUGUCGCAAAAGGUAGUGACAACGUUCUUACAGCAUGCAAUCGCCCGAUUUGAGGUCGAUCAACAAGAUAGAAAUUUGGAAUCGCUCGCACGUGAAAUACUUGAGCCGAUUCUACCAGAUGAAGGCGAAGAGGAGUUUGCCUCCCGUACACAAUUAACGAUACAAAGAGAUCAGCUUUCAAACGUUAGGUUACAAAUAGAUGGGUGUGCCCGAGAAUAUCUCAUGUCGCAGUUAACCAGUGGGGAACGGGAGAAGUCAUCAGAGAUGCAUCGGACGGUUAAAGAGCUAAAGAAUAUUGCCGGGGUUGAUUCUAUGGAGUGUAUCCGCAUGAAAAUUGCCAACUCCCACAUGAAAGAAAACGCUAGUGUGCACCAAACCGGACCUCAUUCAAUGGAGUGUAUUCGCAUGAAGAUUUCCAAUUCUCGUACAGGAAUGGACGCUGCUAUAGAUCAACCCGAAGUUGGUUCGGUGGAGUGUUUCCGAAUGAAGGUUGCCAACUCUCGCGUGAAAGAGUACAAUAUCGUACACAAACCAAUACGGUUGGAGCAGACUGUUUGCCUGCCAAGAAAAGUUGAAGCAUGUGUCUUGGACUGUUCGAAAAGCCCCACCCAGACACUUUCGGACGGAGCACACAAAUACCCCAUGGACUCAACAGUGCCUUUGGAGAAUACCCUGGAAUUUGUCAAACAGCGAAAUAAGAACGCUAAGUUGCAGGCCGUGAUAAAGAAAAUCAGGGGAUCCUUUGUUAAAGACGGUGGUCGAAACAAGAGAAAUCGCAGACGAGUAAGCCUUCCUGCGCCUUCUUGGAACGUUUUUGGAGAGUCUUUGAAAGGAAGGGCCAGCGUAGAUAUGCUCAGCGUAGAUGUUUAAAGGGUACACCUCUGACCAAUAUGUAAAAAGUUGAAAUUAGGUAAGAUAUCCAAGCACGAACAGAGCUUUUAUCAUAGUUUUGAAUAAAGUCACUUACUCACGGC